GGGCGGGCGCUAUGGGGCUCAGGGCUGGCGUCGCCGAGUAGCGGCGGCGUGUGGGCGCGGACAGCGGGGCUCUGGACCCAGGGUCCUCGGGGACGGCCGGAGGGCGCGGAGAGAGCCUAGGUUCGCCGCCGGCUGCCACCACCUGGCAUGUCGGCCGAGGCCUCAGGCCCGGCGGCGGCCGAGGCCCCGACCCUGGAAGCCCCUAAGCCUUCGGGUCUCGAGCCUGGCUCCGCCACCUACGGUCUCAGACCGCUGACUCCUAACAGCAAGUACGUGAAGCUGAACGUGGGCGGCUCGCUGCACUACACCACGCUGCGCACCCUCACGGGACAGGACACCCUGCUCAAGGCCAUGUUCAGCGGCCGCGCGGAGGUGCUCACGGACGCCGGAGGCUGGGUGCUGAUCGACCGGAGCGGCCGCCACUUUGGUACCAUUCUCAACUACCUACGGGACGGGUCUGUGCCACUGCCUGAGAGCACCAGAGAACUGGGAGAGCUGCUGGGUGAAGCACACUACUACCUGGUGCAGGGCCUGAUUGAGGACUGCCAGCUGGCUCUACAGCAAAAAAGGGAGAACCUGUCCCCGCUGUGCCUCAUCCCCACGGUGACAUCUCCCCGGGAGGAGCAGCAGCUCCUGGCCAGCACCUCCAAGCCCGUGGUGAAGCUCCUGCACAACCGCAGUAACAACAAGUACUCGUACACCAGCACUUCAGACGACAACCUACUUAAGAACAUCGAGCUGUUCGACAAACUGGCCCUGCGCUUCCACGGGCGGCUGCUUUUCCUCAAGGAUGUACUGGGGGACGAGAUCUGCUGCUGGUCUUUCUACGGGCAGGGCCGCAAAAUCGCUGAGGUGUGCUGCACCUCCAUAGUCUAUGCUACGGAGAAGAAGCAGACCAAGGUGGAAUUCCCAGAAGCGCGGAUCUUUGAAGAGACCCUGAAUAUCCUGAUCUAUGAGACUCCCCGGGGACCAGACCCAGCCCUCCUAGAGGCCACAGGGGGUGCAGCUGGAGGCGGUGGGGCAGGUCGCGGGGAAGAUGAGGAGAACCGAGAACACCGUGUUCGCAGGAUCCACGUCCGGCGCCACAUCACCCACGAUGAGCGUCCUCAUGGCCAACAGAUUGUUUUCAAGGACUAACUUUCGUUCUUACUCAGUUUUCUUCCUGCUGUGGGACCAGGUUCCUCUCUCUCUGCCCCUUACCAGCCCUUUGCCCAGGCUUUGCUGGCCAAGUCGUGGGUCUGCCUUCUGUCCCUUCAUCGCAUGGUACAGUUCACCUCGGCCCUUUUCCAUCCAUCCCCACCUCAAUGCUAAGAGCACGGUACACGCCACUCCCCUUGCAGCCUUUCAGAAGGCCUGUGGUCCUUCCCUCAUUCCCGACCCUGCCCUGCCGUCUUCCCCCACCAGCUGGUGUAGAGUAAUUUAGAACUCCUUUUCUCUCUUUUUAGUACAUUGUACAUGCCAAAGUGUCAAGCCAGCCCUGAUUAACACCCACGACAUUCGGCGCCACCUCCCAACCAUUGUGCAGAGUAGUUUGCCUCUCUCCUUCCCCCGCCAUUCUCCCUCCCUCUUUAACUUUGUACUAGUCUGGCCUGGAUCUCACCAGCCCAGCUAUCUUAUUGGUCUGUUUCAUAUUAUUUAUUAUUUUAAUUUUCUAUUAAAUUAUUGGAAUAAAGUUGA